UCUAGAGAUGUGUAGACCAGAACAGUCGUCUGCACCAGCUUAUUUGUACAGAAGAACUGCAUGAUGGCCUCCUCCAUGGGAGUCACUAUGGGUCACGUUACUCUGCUGCUGUUUGCCCUGGGAGUCAUUGUGGUCUCUCUCCAUGGUGUGAAGGCACAGCAACGUCAUAAUGACUGCCUGCCCAAUAGAGACGGGACAUUUCCAAAAGUGGUGAGAGUCAGAUUGAACAUCAAAAAACGGCCUCAUAGUCUGGGCAAAGAUUUCAGCAAUCGUUCUCUGUCUCCUUGGGACUACAGUAAAGACGUAGAUGACCACAGAUUCCCUUCUAUGAUCCAUGAGGCCAAAUGCCGUCACACCCAAUGUUUGGACGCACGAGGCAACCUGGAUCCGAGCAUCAACUCCGUUCCUAUCAGGCAGGAAAUUCUGGUUCUGCGCAAGAUGAAAGGAUGUAACUCAACUUUUAGGCUGGAGAAGAAGAUGGUCACCGUUGGUUGUACCUGUGUUUGGCCUAUUGUUCACCAUCUGCAAAAGGAUUUGUUGCCACCAGCUAGUUCGCUGGACUGAUAUGGCAGCAAGGAAAUUGUAUUCUUCCCAAAUGUACAAUGCCAUUCAUAAUUUUCAUUUGAUCUCAGUGAGAUUAUGUUGAAUUUCCUAAAGGCUGUUCAGAAACUCCAACUGUACAAUGAAUGUAUUUUUUGAUUAACUAAAGUGCAGCCAACUCCUGCCACUUUCUAAUGAUGGCAGGGUUUGCUCUGCUAGGCAGAGUCUUAUUUUGUGGCUAAAAUACAAGGACACCCCUUGUUGCAAAAUAUUGCAAGAUCUACCUCCUCAAAGAAGGUUCUUAAGCUACAUGCCCUGACUGUUGUUAAACAACACCUUCCUGCGGCUGUUACACUAACAAGCAGGGGCUCUACAGUUUGGGCUUUUCUGAUUUGAGUAGUUCUCUUUCCUAGUAUUAGUAUUAUAUAGUUCUCUAGAUUCUUACUCUGUAUUCUAUAGUUCUCUAGAUUCUUGCUCUGGCUCUAGAGCAAGUAGUGUCAAUAGAUGUCAAUAGUAUGUUACACAACUGUUGGUCUUUAUCUAAUCAAUGAUGGAUUUAGGGUAGGGCAGGGAGUGCAUUUGUUCUGGGCCCCCAAGUAUCUCAGAGGGGUCCUUAGGGAAAAACUGUAUUUCUUUUGGAAACAGAUCUGCAUGCACACAAGAUUAUGUAGU